AUGUCAGUCUGCCAGAAGGGCAAUGUCCUCCUCACAGCCUCGGCCGUGACCCUCAAGAAGAAGCCGGCCAGGGUCCCGAAGCACAGAACCAAGAAGGCGUUUCGUUCGAUCCAUCACUGGCUAUGCAUGUGCUUUGGCGGGAAGGAGCGUAUAGAAGCGGAUGAGAUGAGGAGGAGCAUGAUGAGUAUCGAGAAUGAUAGGCUUCUAAACUCUUACCCCCGUUACCGCGAUGACAACAACAACAACAACAACAACAACAGCAACAACAACAGCAACAACCGCCACGACAACUGUCAAGACGAGGAGGAUGAAGAUGACGAUGAAGAUGACGAUGAAGAUGACGAUGAUACCGUAUUCGGCCAAGAUGAGAAUGACUGCUACCGCUCCGAUGGUGGUCGUGACGUCUGGCUCGAGUAUGCGGAUGUCGCCGGAAAGGGGGAGAAGGCACAGACACAGGCCCAAGUCAAGAGGCCGUCAUCUGGGGGCAGCGGCAUCUUUAAGGAGAAGAUUUCGUCUCCUAAGCAUGCGGCCCGGUCUUUCCUGCAUACCGUCACGGGGAGGAAUGAGGGGAGGAAGAUUGAUGAGGAGAGUCAGAGGAUGAAGCACGCGGGUUGGAUCUGA